AUGGACUCGAUCACAUUCAAGUAAAAGGAGUCGAAUUCUAAGUUGACUAACUUUGAUAACAUUGACGAUUAAAAUAAUAAAAAUUUGAUCAUGCUUACCACCUAAGUGGAGAGACUUACACUAGCGUUGAAAAAGAAAACUAAUGAGGUCGAGAUUCUUUAAGGCUAAAUUGAUACUCAGAAAUCAACCCAAUAUCCACAAGAGAUGGAAGAAUUGAUAACAACAGUUGAAGAAUAAACUAAAGAAAUUGAAAAAUGGGCUUAGAAAUACUAGAAUUUGCAACAAUAAUAUUAGCAAUUACAUCAAUCAAGUCUAUAAUUACAAUAAAAAAACUAGGAACUAGAAUAAGUAGUCCAAUUACUUAAAAAUUCAUCCUCAUUAGAAUUUAAAUCAACUGAAAGCCUUCCAUCUAAGCGAUUUUAUUAAUCUGAAAUCAGUAGGAAAGAAAAUAAGCUAGAAACUGAUGAUAAUAAAUUCAUUUCUCAAUCUAAACUAUAAUCCAAAUAAGAGGAGAUCAAUUAAUUGAAAUUGCAAUUGGGAUAGCUAAAACAAGAACUUUUAGAAGAAAAGCAAAUUCAUAGAGAACUACUUGAAGCCGAAGAAGCCAGAGUUAGAGAUUAAGAGAGAAAGAACUUGAAUCAAUAUAAGUUGGAAACUAAAGAGCAAUUAAUAUUAUACAAAAAUUAAAUUCAAGCCUUAUAAGAUAUGUUAGAUAACAAAUAAUCAAUGCAAAAACAUGAUAACUUUGAAGAAAAGAAUAGAGAACUUAAUUUAUAAUUGUUAGAGAAGAAUAAGAAAAUAGAAUUAUUGGAAAACCUAAUUUCAUAAAAGGAUUCAUAAAUUAAUUAAUUGUAAUAAUAAUUAGAGAGAUAUUAAAAGGAGUAAGUCUAAUUAAUUAAAUAAUAGUAAUCAUAAAAAUAGCUUACACUUCCUUCCUCCUCUUCUACAUAUAGAAUUGUUUCAACCUAACAUUCUUCUCUUGAUAAUAAUUACAGCUCUUUAGUAAAUCUCAACAAGCCUAACUCCAUUUAAGAUCAAAUUAAUUAAACUAUGGCUUAAAUAAAUAGAUCUAUUCAGUAGGUUGAUCAAAUGAAAUAGGCAAAUAGUGUUAAUCAAAAAUUAUUUUAGGAAUAAUUUAACACUAACAAUCUACCUAGUUCCUUAAGGAGUUCGCAAAUGCCAUAAAUGCAAUCAAAUUUAAGCAUUCAAGAUAAGAUUAAAGCUUUAACCUCAUUGACACAGUAGUAAAAUAGUUAAAAUUACAAUAAAUAUAUUUGA